AUGCAAAUAGAAAGAGGGGUGACGCCGGCUCACGCUACUUCGUCGACCUCGGGUGAUAUUCAAACGACAAUACCGAAGAGAACCCAGCUCCCACCGAGCACCAAAACAACCAAGAAUGGGGCUGAAACUCCCAAUAUAAAUGGGCAUGCGAAUGGGGUUGCCCAAAAUCAAGCAAACUCGACUGGCGGUCAACCUCCUAAAGUUAUCCGGAUUUUGGCAAAAGGGAUGCAAGAAAAACCACCACACCUUAUGCAACCACCCCCGAACGUUAACCCGCAGUCUGGUCAACUUGAAGGGAAGGGCAUCACAACGGCGAUAAACAUCAAUGGGGCCAACCCAUCGGCGAAUUAA